UAAUAUGGGCAUUCACGCCUCGGUUCCCCAGAAGGAAAAUUGCCAGAGGCAGCAGCCCCUUAGUACCGAGAGCUCUUGAGCGAUCUGCCCAGGAGGGGGGUGAAGAAACCCGGCUGCAGCAUCAGUCCAGGUGGGGUCUGCUGAGCUCAAUCAUCAGUUCCCGGCUUUCAUCCCGGCUCCCCGAAGGCACGUCCUCCUGCUUCCACCGAGUUCCCCUACCCCGGACUUUCGUAUUUUGCCUCUGAUAGUGGGCGCCUCGCGGGCGGAGGCCCGGCGCCUGCUCUGCCACCCGCGCUGCCUUUAGCGGUCGCUUCCGCCGCCGCUGCCAGGGACGUGCUGGGAAAACCGAAGCCCCGGGAGAAGAUGCCGGCCAUCCUGGUCGCCUCCAAAAUGAAGUCGGGACUGCCCAAACCGGUGCACAGCGCUGCGCCCAUCCUGCACGUGCCCCCGGCCCGGGCCGGCCCCCAGCCCUGCUACCUCAAGUUGGGAAGCAAGGUAGAGGUGAGCAAGACCUCCUACCCGAGCCAGAUCCCCCUGAAAUCUCAGGGGCUGGAGCCCGCGGGGGAGGGGCUCCCUCUGCGGAAGAGCGGCUCGGUGGAAAACGGGUUCGAUACCCAGAUCUACACGGACUGGGCCAAUCAUUAUCUAGCCAAAUCAGGCCACAAACGUCUCAUCAAAGAUCUCCAACAAGAUGUGACAGAUGGCGUCCUCCUGGCUCAGAUCAUCCAGGUUGUGGCAAAUGAAAAGAUUGACGACAUCAAUGGCUGUCCGAAGAACAGAUCACAAAUGAUUGAAAAUAUAGAUGCCUGCUUGAACUUCCUGGCAGCUAAGGGAAUAAACAUCCAGGGGCUGUCUGCAGAAGAAAUCAGGAAUGGAAAUCUCAAGGCCAUUCUAGGCCUCUUCUUCAGCCUCUCCCGGUAUAAGCAACAGCAACAGCAACCCCAGAAACAGCACCUCUCCUCGCCGCUGCCUCCUGUCGGGUCCCAGCCAGCUAGCACCCCCUCCCAGGGCCAGCCUGGCACGCCUCAGCAACAGGUGCCAGCCAUUCCCCAAGCUCCGUGCCAGCCCCUCCAGCUGCACCAACCAGCUCCUCAUCAGCAGUCAAAAGCACAAGCUGAGAUGCAGUCCAGACUUCCAGGUCCUACCGUGAGAGUAUCCGCUGCAGGCAGCGAGGCCAAAUCACGUUGUGGAACAGCCACUGCUAACAACCGACGCAGCCAGAGCUUUAACAACUAUGACAAGGCCAAACCAGUUACCUCCCCACCCCCACCGCCAAGCAGCCAUGAGAAAGAGCCAUUGGAAAGCCCAGCCUCCUCCCACUCAGGAAUGAGUGAGAAUGCACCUGCUGCUUCAGACAGCAGCAGCAACGCCAGCCCCGCUAACUGCAGCACCUCCUCAGCCAUCCCGCAGCCCGGCACGACGUCCAAGCCCUGGCGCAGCAAGUCCCUCAGCGUGAAGCACAGUGCCACGUCAUCGAUGCUCGCAGUGAAGCAGCCCACACCCGAGACCACCAGGCCCACCCCCGAAACCAUCAAGCCUGUCCCUAACAAUCAGAAGUCCAUGCUGGAAAAGUUAAAACUCUUCAACAGUAAAGGGGGCUCCAAGGCAGUCGAGGGCCCAGGGUCCCGGGACACGAGCUGUGAGCGGUUGGAGAUCCUUCCCAGCUUUGAAGAGAACGAGGAGAUGGAGGCUGCCAGCCGCACCCUCUCCAACGCAGGUCCCGCGUCCAACAGCCCCAAGAUCGCACUCAAGGGCAUUGCCCAGAGGACUUUCAGCCGGGCGCUGACCACCAAGAAAAGUUCCCCCAAAGGCACCGAGAAGGAGAAAGAGAAACAACAGCGGGAGAAGGACAAGGAGAAAAGCAAGGACUUCACCAAGAGAGCUUCGGUGACAGAGAGGCCAGAAGUCAGAGAGGAACUGAAGGAAGAUCCCAUUGGAACAGCAGGGACCGAGAUGCCAAAAAAGUCCUCCAAGAUCGCCAGCUUCAUCCCUAAAGGGGGGAAGCUCAGCAGUGCCAAGAAGGAGACCCCAGCUCCUUCCCACAGUGGAAUACCAAAACCAGGUAUAAAGAGCAUGGCCGGGAAAUCCCCAAGUGCCCCUACACCUUCCAAGGAAGGGGAGCGGAGUCGGAGUGGGAAGCCAAGCUCUGGGCUGUCCCAGCAGAAGCCCCAGCUGGAUGGUAGACAUUCCAGUUCCUCCUCCAGCUUGGCUUCCUCAGAAGGAAAAGGCCCAGCAGGGACCACACUGAACCACAGCAUCAGCAGCCAGACCGUCAGUGGAUCUGUGGGGACCACCCAGACCACAGGAAGCAAUACUGUCAGUGUCCAGCUACCUCAGCCCCAGCAGCAAUACAAUCAUCCCAACACUGCCACAGUGGCGCCUUUCCUAUACAGGUCCCAGACAGACACUGAAGGGAAUGUCACUGCCGAAUCCAGCUCAGCCAGCAUGAGCAUGGAGCCCAGCCACUACACCAAGAGUGGACAGCCUGCCUUGGAAGAGCUCACUGGAGAAGAUCCGGAGGCCCGGCGACUUCGGACAGUGAAGAACAUCGCUGAUCUGCGGCAGAACUUGGAGGAGACGAUGUCCAGUUUACGGGGAACUCAGGUUACACACAGCACAUUGGAAACCACCUUCGACACCAAUGUCACCACGGAAAUCAGUGGACGCAGUAUCCUCAGCUUGACUGGAAGGCCUACUCCCCUUGCCUGGAGACUAGGCCAGUCCAGCCCCCGGCUCCAAGCGGGGGAUGCUCCCUCUAUGGGCAAUGGGUACCCACCUCGAGCCAAUGCCAGCCGGUUCAUCAACAGCGAGUCGGGCCGUUAUGUGUACUCUGCCCCUCUGAGAAGACAGCUGGCCACCAGGGGCAGCAGCGUCUGCCAUGUGGACGUCUCAGACAAGGCAGGAGAGGAGAUGGAACUUGAAGGUAUCAGCAUGGACGCCCCCGGUUACAUGAGUGACGGGGACGUUCUGAGCAAGAACAUCCGGACUGAUGACAUUACCAGUGGGUAUAUGACGGAUGGUGGACUUGGCCUCUACACCCGGCGCCUGAACCGGCUCCCUGAUGGCAUGGCUGUGGUGCGAGAAACUCUACAACGUAAUACCUCCCUGGGCCUUGGAGAUGCUGACAGCUGGGAUGACAGCAGCUCCGUCAGCAGCGGGAUCAGCGACACUAUAGACAACCUCAGCACUGAUGACAUCAACACCAGCUCCUCCAUCAGUUCCUAUGCCAACACACCUGCCUCAUCCCGCAAAAACUUGGAUGUACAGACUGAUGCUGAGAAGCACUCACAGGUGGAGAGGAACUCCCUGUGGUCUGGUGAUGACAUCAAGAAAUCAGAUGGUGGGUCAGACAGCGGCAUAAAGAUGGAGCCAGGUUCCAAGUGGAGGCGGAAUCCCUCUGACGUGUCUGAUGAAUCUGACAAAAGCACGUCGGGCAGGAAGAACACUGUCAUCUCCCAGACAGGCUCAUGGCGGCGGGGCAUGACAGCUCAGGUGGGCAUCACCAUGCCGAGGACGAAGCCAGCUGCCCCAGCAGGCUCCUUGAAGACCCCGGGAACUGGAAAAACAGAUGAUGCAAAAGUGUCUGAGAAAGGAAGGCUUUCUCCCAAAGCCUCACAGGUGAAGCGCUCCCCAUCUGACGCAGGUCGUAGCAGUGGUGAUGAAUCCAAAAAGCCUCUCCCCAGCAACUCCAGGACAUCCACUGCCAAUACCAACAGCUUCGGGUUCAAGAAGCAGGGCGGCUCAGCUGCUGGUCUGGCCAUGAUCACAACCAGCGGGGCCACUGUCACUAGCAGGUCAGCUACGCUGGGCAAGAUCCCAAAGUCGUCUGCACUUGUGGGUCGGUCUACUGGUCGGAAGACGAGCGUGGACGGGGCUCAGAAUCAGGACGAUGGGUACCUGUCUCUCAGCUCUCGGACAAACUUGCAGUAUAGAAGUUUGCCGCGGCCCAGUAAAUCCAACAGUCGGAAUGGAGCUGGGAACAGGUCUAGUACCAGCAGCAUAGAUUCCAACAUCAGCACUAAGUCAGCAGGUCUACCAGUACCCAAGCUAAGGGAGCCUUCCAAAACAGCUCUGGGCAGCUCUCUGCCAGGUCUGGUCAACCAGACUGAUAAGGAGAAAGGCAUCUCAUCAGACAAUGAAAGCGUGGCGUCCUGUAAUUCAGUGAAAGUGAACCCGGCAGCCCAGCCUGUGUCCAGUGCAGCUCAGGCCUCUCUCCAGCCUGGGGCUAAGUACCCAGAUGUGGCCUCUCCCACGCUCCGCAGACUCUUUGGUGGGAAGCCUACCAAGCAAGUGCCCAUUGCCACAGCUGAAAACAUGAAGAAUUCAGUGGUCAUCUCCAACCCUCAUGCUACCAUGACCCAGCAAGGUAACUUAGACUCCCCAUCAGGCAGCGGCGUCCUGAGCAGCGGGAGCAGCAGUCCUCUCUACAGUAAGAAUGUGGACCUCAACCAGUCUCCUCUAGCCUCCAGCCCUAGCUCAGCCCACUCGGGCCCCUCCAACAGCCUCACCUGGGGCACCAACGCCAGCAGCUCCUCAGCAGUUAGCAAGGACGGCCUGGGCUUCCAGUCGGUGAGCAGUCUCCACACCAGCUGUGAGUCCAUUGACAUCUCUCUCAGCAGUGGAGGGGGACUGAGUCACAACUCCUCCACUGGCCUGACCGCCUCCUCCAAGGACGACUCUCUGACACCCUUUGUCAGAACCAGCAGUGUGAAGACCACACUGUCAGAAAGCCCUCUCUCUUCCCCUGCCGCUAGCCCUAAGUUCUGCAGAAGUACUCUGCCCAGGAAACAGGACAGUGACCCGCACCUUGAUAGGAACACUUUGCCUAAGAAAGGACUCAGGUAUACUCCCACCUCCCAGCUCCGCACACAAGAAGACGCAAAAGAAUGGUUACGGUCCCAUUCUGCAGGAGGUUUGCAGGACACGGCUGCCAAUUCUCCCUUUUCCUCUGGCUCCAGUGUAACUUCCCCCUCCGGGACAAGGUUCAACUUUUCCCAGCUUGCGAGUCCCACCACAGUCACCCAGAUGAGUUUAUCCAACCCCACCAUGCUGAGGACCCAUAGUCUCUCCAAUGCCGAUGGACAAUAUGACCCGUACACUGACAGCCGCUUCCGGAACAGCUCAAUGUCCCUGGAUGAGAAGAGCAGAACCAUGAGCCGUUCUGGCUCAUUCCGGGAUGGGUUUGAAGAAGUUCAUGGGUCUUCACUCUCCUUGGUCUCCAGCACAUCAUCGAUUUAUUCCACUCCGGAAGAAAAAUGCCAGUCAGAGAUUCGCAAACUGCGGCGGGAGCUAGAUGCCUCCCAAGAAAAGGUUUCAGCUUUGACCACCCAGCUGACUGCAAAUGCUCACCUUGUGGCAGCCUUUGAACAGAGUCUUGGAAACAUGACAAUCAGACUCCAGAGUUUGACCAUGACAGCUGAGCAAAAGGAUUCAGAAUUGAAUGAGUUAAGAAAAACCAUUGAACUGCUUAAGAAACAGAAUGCAGCUGCCCAGGCUGCCAUUAAUGGAGUAAUUAACACACCGGAGCUCAACUGCAAAGGAAAUAGUACUUCCCAGGCUGCAGACCUCCGCAUCCGCAGGCAGCACUCUUCCGACAGCGUCUCCAGCAUUAACAGCGCCACUAGCCACUCCAGUGUGGGCAGCAACAUAGAGAGUGAUUCAAAGAAAAAGAAGAGAAAAAACUGGGUCAAUGAGUUACGCAGCUCCUUCAAGCAAGCUUUUGGAAAGAAGAAAUCUCCAAAGUCCGCGUCCUCUCAUUCAGACAUUGAGGAGAUGACAGAUUCUUCUUUGCCUUCUUCACCAAAGUUACCGCAUAACGGUUCCACGGGUUCCACUCCACUGCUGAGAAAUUCUCACUCCAACUCUCUUAUCUCCGAGUGCAUGGACAGUGAAGCAGAGACCGUCAUGCAGCUGCGAAAUGAGCUGAGAGACAAGGAGAUGAAGCUCACAGACAUCCGCCUGGAAGCCCUCAGCUCUGCUCACCAGCUUGACCAGCUCCGGGAGGCCAUGAACAGGAUGCAGAGUGAAAUAGAGAAGCUGAAAGCUGAGAAUGACCGGCUGAAGUCAGAGUCUCAAGGCAGCGGCUGCAGUCGGGCUCCCUCCCAGGUGUCCAUCUCUGCCUCCCCUAGGCAGUCCCUGGGCCUCUCCCAGCACAGCCUCAACCUCACGGAGUCAACCAGCUUGGACAUGUUGCUGGAUGACACUGGUGAAUGCCCGGCUCGGAAGGAAGGAGGCAGGCAUGUUAAGAUAGUUGUCAGCUUUCAGGAGCAAAUGAAGUGGAAGGAGGAUUCCAGACCACAUCUCUUUCUUAUUGGCUGCAUUGGCGUUAGUGGCAAGACGAAGUGGGAUGUACUCGAUGGGGUGGUUAGACGGCUGUUCAAAGAAUACAUCAUUCACGUUGACCCAGUGAGUCAGCUCGGGCUGAAUUCCGACAGUGUUCUCGGCUACAGCAUUGGAGACAUCAAGCGUAGCAACACUUCCGAAACACCAGAGCUACUCCCCUGUGGCUACCUGGUGGGCGAGAACACGACCAUCUCUGUUACCGUCAAAGGGCUCCCAGAAAAUAGCCUGGACUCUCUGGUGUUCGAGUCCCUGAUCCCCAAACCCAUCCUGCAGCGCUAUGUCUCCCUGCUGAUAGAGCAUCGGCGUAUAAUCCUGUCAGGCCCCAGCGGCACUGGGAAGACCUAUCUGGCCAACCGGCUGUCAGAAUACAUGGUGCUUCGAGAGGGACGGGAGUUGACGGACGGGCUCAUUGCCACCUUCAACGUGGACCAUAAGUCCAGCAAGGAAUUGCGCCAGUACCUGUCCAACCUCGCCGAUCAGUGCAACAGUGAGAACAACGCUGUGGACAUGCCUCUGGUCAUCAUCCUGGACAACCUACAUCACGUCAGCUCCCUGGGCGAGAUCUUCAAUGGGCUGCUCAACUGCAAGUACCAUAAAUGCCCUUACAUCAUUGGCACAAUGAACCAGGCUACCUCUUCUACUCCCAACCUUCAGCUUCAUCACAACUUCAGGUGGGUGCUCUGUGCCAACCACACAGAGCCCGUGAAAGGCUUUCUUGGCCGCUACUUGAGGAGGAAGCUCAUGGAAACAGAAAUCAGUGGGCGGGUGCGGAAUGCGGAGCUGGUGAAAAUCAUCGACUGGAUUCCCAAGGUCUGGCAUCACCUCAACCGCUUCCUGGAGGCUCAUAGCUCCUCAGACGUCACCAUCGGCCCUCGCCUCUUCCUUUCGUGCCCCAUCGAUGUGGAUGGCUCAAGGGUGUGGUUCACGGACUUGUGGAACUACUCAAUUAUCCCCUAUCUCCUGGAAGCUGUUAGAGAAGGACUCCAGCUCUAUGGAAGGAGAGCCCCCUGGGAGGAUCCUGCCAAGUGGGUGAUGGACACUUAUCCAUGGACAGCCAGUCCCCAGCAGCACGAGUGGCCCCCACUGCUACAGCUGCGGCCUGAAGAUGUCGGCUUUGACGGUUACUCCAUGCCUCGAGAGGGCUCAGCCAGCAAGCCAGGACCCCCCAGCGACACAGAGGGAGACCCACUGAUGAACAUGCUGAUGCGGCUGCAGGAGGCUGCCAACUACUCCAGCCCCCAGAGCUACGACAGCGACUCUAACAGCAACAGUCACCAUGACGACAUCCUCGACUCCUCCUUGGAGUCCACUCUGUGA